UUCCACAUGGAGCUGCUGUGCAGUUUGUACUGCCGUUUUUUAUUUAUUUAUUGCUACGUGAGCAGACCCAGCACACUUCUUGCAUAUAAACAGUGAAAAUUACAAUCUAAAGGACCUAUCAUGCCUUCUUUUGGAGUAACAUUAGUGCUAGUGAAAAGCUUGUCUACUUUUUAAGCCUAAGAAGACACAUUUUCCACAGGUAAACCAAAAGCUUUCAGGAAACAUUUCCUGCUAUUCUGCACUUGCUGGUUCUUCAGUCUGGACCACUCUUCUGAUGCCAAAGUAUUUACAGAACUUCCCAAAGUGAAACAGUCCGUUGGAUAUGACUGGCCUUGUAUUUGCACGAACUGAAGUAACAGCCACACACUGAUAACUUCUUUCACAGAAACCCACUGGAUGCUGUAUUUUCACCUGGUCAGAAUUGGUUACAUUUUGCUUAACUGUUUGGGAAGAUUAGUUUCAUUUCCAACUUAAAAAAGAUGGCUGAAGAAGAAAAACCCUCUCUAAAGAAAGCAAUUCAGUUUGGCAUUAAUGGAUAUAUUCUAUUAGGAAAACUACACAUCAGAAAUGAAAAUACACCCAAAAGUUAUAAUGCUUGUUGUUUAGAAAACAUGCAAAUAAAACACAUGUGACUGGUCCAUCAUAAAAAAAGGCUGGAUCACCAGUCGAGAGCUGACUGUCACACAAGAGCCAUCAGGAAAGCCAUAGACUCAAGCUUACCUUUAAAUUGUCUAACUGUGAGCAUAACAGCCUGUGUAAUUUUGUAAUAUGAAGAUUAUGUUAGCUUUGCAACACAUGGAUUUCUGCACUCCCUUGCUACAAGAAAUCUUUCCUUAAAUAUGAUAUUAAUUUCUUUAUUUUAGUAUUUGGUCAAUCAAAUUUGAAAGGGCAUUCCUAAAGAGAGCAUGUCAGUUAAAAGCAUACAUAACAACAAUAAGAAUGAAAAGCUUAGUUUCUUCAAGAGCAAGGUAUUCAUUUGCAUCUUAGGAACAAUCUUAAUAUUUAGUUCCAAUGACAAAUGAAAUGGGUCGCAAAGAAGCACAUUACUUACAGACCUUAAAUUGUGAUUCAAUGGCUCAGCAAAACAUGAAAAUGCGCCCAGUGCUCCUGAAAAGGAACAGUCUGGAUUCAGCUGAUUUUAUAAGACAGCCACAGCACCGCAGGAGCAAAUCUCAGCAAGUCCGAUUCAAGGAUGAUGGUGUGAACACAAAAAAUGAACUGGACCCUAAUCCUGCCCAACAUAUAGCAUUCAUGGCUGGAAAACCAGAAAUAUUUACUGAUCACAAUUUUUUGCUAGAUCAAUCUACAUCUGUUGCAAGGGCUCAGAAGGGGCUGCAGAAUAUUGCCAUACAAACAUCUCCCAGCCUCAGGAAACACUUCCCAGUUUUUAAAAGGAAAAAGCUGACCAUCAGCAAAUCACUAACAGAAAUGCCAAGUGAGCCUGCAAACUCUACCCAGGUGAAUGGCAAUCAUUCUGAGCAACACAUGAUGUCUUCAGAUCUCUGUUACUUAAGAAUAACGAAUCAUUUGGAAGAUGGGUUUAGGAAUAGUGAGGUGGAUGGUCAGUUGAGUCAAAGACCAUCAAAAGCACAAAGCAAUGGACCUAUCCAGACUGACAACUUCUCAGGAUCAAAGACAACUGUUUCCACACAGAUGCCUGAAUACAUACAUGUGAGUUUUCCACGAGACAGAAAUGUUUCCAUGGAUGCACCAGACACAACCACAAAUUUAAGUAAUUCACUGCAUUCUUCUACUGUCAUAAAUAGCAAUGAAAAUAAUGACAACAGCAUGCUGUCAUCUAAUUCUGGAAAAGCAUACCCUUGCCAUCUCAAUUCCACUAGCUGCCGUGAAUGUAAUGCUCAUUUUGACUCCUGUGAAGCAGAUAGAAGUGAUUUGGAGUCACUUGUAGCCAGCAAAGAUGCAAGCAGUAAGGAACCUGCUCCAUUCCCAUCUCCAUCAAAUCACAGUUCAUCUUGUUUCCUCAGAGACUAUCAACAGACAGGAGAGCACAAAACAGAUUCCAGCUGUGUGACAUUAACAAAUGAUGAUUGCACAAUAAUGUCAGUGACCAGCAGUAAUGCGUCAAAAUCUAUUCUGACAUGUAGUUCUGAAAUGGAGAACAAUUCUACCCAGCCAGAUGUUUCCCACUGUAACAGCUGUUUAGAAGGAUUUCACAUAAAGUCUUAUCUUCCAAGGAACGAAAUAAAACCAGAAACCAACAAAGAGAUUAGUGAACUCAAUCAAAUCCAUUUGGCACACGGUGAACUCUGUGCCCUACAAGGCAGGCUGCAGUCUGUAGAGGAAUCCUUGCACUCCAACCAGGAGAAGAUUAAAGUCCUUUUGAAUGUAAUCCAAGACCUGGAAAAAUCCAGAGCCCUCAGUGAAGGGCGUAACUUCUACCACACUGGUCAAGACCUCAACAACUGCAGCACCUGCCAGAACACCGCAUGUAUCAUUUACAGUGUAGAAUAUGACUUCAGACAACAAGAAGGAAGAUUUCAUCAGAUUUUGAAAACACUGGAUCAUGCAGAGCAAACUCCAGCUCCAGCUUCACCUCAGAAGCUGCCAUCUGAUCAUCCAGCUCCCGAGAAAAAGGAGUUGAGAAGAAAACCAAAAAAGGUGAAAAGAAAAUGCUUCUGGUGGAUUUGACUUCCUUAGGGAACCUUCUACAUUUCAAAAGCUAAAUCUGAAGAGGUUUGAGAGCACACACCUGAAAAUAUGCUAUUCCAACAUCACAAAGCUAAAGAAUGUUUAAUUAGAGUAUCUUAAAAAUCAAAAGAAUUGAAUUUACUUAAAUCACCUCACUGAAUAAAGGUGCAUGAAGAAACUGUUUUCAAAAAGAGACUGUUUCUUUCAAGAGGAAGCUUUCUCAUUUUUUAUCAAGGACACUUUCAUAUGCUUUGUAAAGACUUUCCAACUUUACAAAAAAUUAACUAUCUCUACUUUUAAAACACAAUGGUAGACAAAACUAAGGGUGUUACACAGUCUUCAUUUCCUGUAAGCAGCAUGGAUUAAGAGGAAAGAAUUUCAUUGACCUUUAAACAAACCACAUAAUCAAGAACAAAUUCAGGGGAAUCUAUGUUGUUCAAACAAAUCUCUCCUCAAAGGAGACAAGUAUUUCACAUCCCCACUUUUGUUGUUGUUGUUGUUGUUGUUGUCAUCAGCUAAUACUUAACAACGAAAGAAGAAUUUCAGGUUAAGUUUUACUCCAUCCUUUCAUUGGUUCAGUUUGAAAAGCAAUCAUUUAGACGAUUCAGUGAAUACUCUGAAAAGAAUUAUAGAAUCAUAACUCAGUAAUUCUAGUCUUACACCCCCUAGUCAAGCAAAGCCUAGUCAGGUGAAUUUGAGUUCUGAGGAUCUCCAAAGACAAAAAUCCAUAACCCCCUGGGGAAAACUGCUGCAUUUUUCCCCCUCCCCCCCAACAUCUAACCUGAAUUUGUUGUGCUCUAAAACUUGUGUCCAUUACUUGUUUCCUAUCCAACUAUAUCUGUAAAAGGAAGUAGACAGAUAAUAAAACCUCUCUCCUAAGCUUUUAUUUCUUCAAGUCUGAACAUAUCCAGUUUUCACUGCCUCUCUUCACACGUUAUGUGCUGCAGCCCACAGUCAUCUUGGUGGUUUCCCUCCAGUAAGUUGAUGUAUUUCAUCUACUUGGAAGCCUACAACAGGACACAAUGCCUCAGAUGUCAUCAUGCAAUCGAGUGAGGAGAAUAACCACUCUGGCUACUGUCUUGCUAAACCACUUGCCCAAUUCAUCUAUUUAAGACCUGUAUCACUACACCAAAAUAUCCCAAGACAUGUUUUUUUUGGCCUUAAGGUAUAAAUAAGUUGAUAUAUUUAAUGAACUAAUCUGUGUUUUAUAAAAAAAUAUAAGUGCUGAAAAGAUUUUAUCAGAUGUCAGUGGAGCUAUUUCCUUCCUUCAGGAAUAGCUGAGUUACCAGCUAGCACAGGGUAUGCCAAUGUAAUCUAUUUUAGGGUUGAUGAUACUAUUUUCCUCAUGAAAACACAGUCAUCUUUCAUAUUGGGGGCAGAGGUGAACCCGUUUUCCAGAAGGGCACAUUGUAAAGCCCAAAUAAUGUAUUUUAUGUUUAGCGGAAUGUCCUGCAGACCUUUUCUUGGAAGUGACUCUGGUUAACCAGUGCAGACGAUGCCAGGGUAUUCCACAGAUUAACUCCUGGAUCUUAUUUUUCUAACUCGUAUUAAUUGUGCAAUGUUAGUUAAAGAUGUCUGGAUGCUUUUUGCACACUUCUGUGUUCCUUGAAUUCUUAGGGUUAAUUACACAUUUGAAAACACAUUAAAGUCAAUUUUGCACAGAAUGUUGUCUGGAAGAACUAAGUUUUUUGAUAGAACUAGUUGUGUUCAUGUAGAAGAGUGCAUGUAAAGUGAUACGGCUUAAUCUAUCACACUUGGACAGGACUGACAGUGUUAAAAAACAUUUCCAUGCUGAGCUCAGUCAGUACAGAAAUUACAGGCAUAAAAUUAUCAUUAUUUUAGAGGCUUUUGAGAACAAAAAUCUUCUAUGAAUUUUUACUAGCAAAAGGGCUGCCUUUAGCGAGACAGAAAACCUCUUCAAUAACAAAGGUAAGAAUUAAAUUAUUACAUCAAACACGUUACAUUACACUCAAAUGCAUGUACUGCUUAUGCUGGUAUUCCAAGAACAUUCCUAUUUUGCACUAGUCUAUAAUGAGAUAAUGAAGGAUUUACUAGUGUGUAAAUGUUUCUUAUGUACUAUAAUAACAUUUUAAUAUUAAUAUCAUCUGUAAAGGUAAAGGUAUCAUCAUAAACAAUACCAACAGGCACAACACAAGCAAAACCAGCAAGUCUUCUUCUGCAGUGAACUGAUCUUUUGGUCUACAGCCAGACUUCUCCACAUGUCAGACACAACAUGCUUUCUACAUGAAACUUUAGAAACACUAGAGCAAAAGGCUAUUUGUUAGAUUGAAAGGGAAGGGUGGGAACAUGUCAGCCAGGGUGAGCAUCAGCCACAGCAAGAGUUGCUAUCUAUUUUGUUUAGGUUCAACAUAGAAAUCUGUACAUCCUAACAACACAAAACACCUACAAUUUAAUAGCUUUGUAACAUCUAAUUGGUGAAUCUGAGCUAUGUCAAGAUUUUACAUGUAAGCAUUGGGGGCUAUUUUUAUUGUUUAAUAAAUAUUUGUUAUUAUUAAUUCAUAUAUGAAAUUUAAAAAUGACCAGACACACUAUGCAACUUACGAUGUCAGAUUUGGAAAAGCAAUAGGAAUUGGUAUAUUGUUGGAAGAGAAUAGUACUGGCUAUAAAAAUCUCUGAUUUAGAAAACUAAGGUGUAAUGCCUAAACCAGUUCCCAGAGUAGAAAAUAGAUGUUGGAUAUACCUACAAACACAAUCUUAAGUAAAACCUAAAAACACACACGCACACAAACACACAAAAACAACAGCUAACCACAGCUGACAGCACUUGCAUACGAAAUACUGCAGCCUUCUCUGAAAGGCACAUUUCAAUGACCGCUACAAUACACUAGCGCUAAAAAGUUGCUCAGAACACGGCACAUUCCAGAAUGACUGUAUUGGAAAUUUCUGUUUACUGGAGUCAAACUCACUUAAAGAAUUCAGAAUGUGUGAGUAAAAUACUGAUUUCUCUGUGCCAUAAAACAGCAAUUCAUGUAGGCCUUUUACAGUUCUGUGCACUUUGAGCUCUUUCCAGAAAGCCACAAUACUGAGUAAUUCUGAUAGCUUAGAUACAAAACAUCUUCCUAAGGAAAUGUAUUGUUUAAUGUAUAUUUUGUAAAUUUCUAGGUUCUUGAAAUGUGACGUUAUCUUUUGCAAUAAAAUGAGAUAUUUUUCUUGGGUUUCAGGAGUCA